GAGGAAAACAACCCGGUGAAGGGGCUAAGUGGGCAGGUGAGAACUUGAAACAUCUCCCCCACCCGAAACUUGAUGGGCACAGAAGGAAUCCGGGCUAGGCGGGGUGCAGGAGGGCCGGCUGAGUGGGGGAGGAGAGAAUGCAUUUCAAAGAGUCAAGGUUCUGGAUGAGGUUUCAAGGAGCAGAUUCCCUGCACCGGAAAGACAUUUAAAGGCGCAGGUUCCCGAGAUAGAGUAGAUAACACUUAAAAAUGGUAAGUCGAACAGUCCAAGGAGACUUAGAACCUUCUGUCGAGGACCUCUAAUAGAGCAUGGGCUGUGGUGUUGGGGAGUCGCUCGUCAAAGGUUUCGUUGGAGGCGACUGAGGGAAGACCGUGCGUGCCUGGGCUCCCGCCUUGUCCUUUCUGGCUCCUCCAGGUUCCCUGGACCCCGGAGCCGGUUCCCGGGCUAUAGCCCCCAGUGCCCUGUAGAGCUGGCAGGCCUCCACCGCUUUCGGCCCCUGUCCGGGGGUCUGGGUGCCUACUGGAGGGCCUGGCGCAGAGGCAGAGAGGACAGAAGCAUGGCAUCUAGGGCCUCCGAGCCGCCCCCAGGGCGCAGCGUGACAGCGGGCAUCAUCAUUGUCGGAGACGAGAUCCUCAAGGGCCACACUCAGGACACGAACACCUACUUCCUGUGCCGGACAUUGCGUUCCCUGGGGGUUCAGGUCUGCCGGGUUUCUGUCGUGCCAGAUGAAGUGGCCACCAUCGCCGCUGAGAUCACCGCCUUCUCCAGCCGCUUCACCCACGUCCUCACCGCGGGUGGCAUCGGCCCCACGCACGACGACGUGACUUUUGAGGCAGUAGCACAAGCCUUUGGAGAUCAGCUACAACCACACCCCGAGCUGGAAGCGGCCAUCAAAGCCUUCGGCAGUGAGGGCUGGGAGAAGCUGACACUGGUGCCUUCCUCUGCCCGUCUGCAUUAUGGCACGGACCCCCGCACGGGGCACCCCUUCAGGUUCCCGCUGGUCUCCGUCCGAAAUGUCUACCUCUUCCCCGGCAUCCCAGAGCUGCUGAAACGGGUGCUGGAAGGGCUGAAGGAACUAUUCCAGAACACAGCAGUCCGAUUCCACUCGCGGGAACUGUAUGUGGCCGUGGGUGAGGCCUCCAUUGCCCCUGUCCUGGCCGAGGCCCAGGCCCACUUUGGGCGUAGCCUCAGCCUGGGUUCCUACCCGGACUGGGGUAGCAACUACUACCAGGUCAAACUGACUCUGGAUUCGGAGGAAGAGCAGCCCUUGGAGGAAUGUCUGGCCUAUCUGACCUCCCGUUUGCCCCCGGGAUCGCUGGUCCCCUACCAGCCCAAUGCUGUGGAGCAGGCAGGCGAAGCUGUGUACAAGCUCGCUGCAUCAGGGUCUUCUCUAGGAAAAAAGGUUGCCGGUGCCUUGCAGACUAUUGAGAGUGCCCUGGCCCGCUACAGCCUGCCUCAGCUCUGCGUGGGCUUCAAUGGUGGCAAGGACUGCACCGCCCUCCUGCACCUGUUCCAUGCAGUUGUGCAGAGGAAAUUCCCUGACGUUCCAAAACCCCUCCAGAUCCUGUAUAUCCGCAGUGUCUCCCCUUUCCCUGAGCUGGAGCAGUUCCUGCAGGACACCAUCAAGAGGUAUCAUCUGCAGGUGUUGGAGGCCGAGGGCGACAUGAAGCAGGCCCUGGGGAAGCUGCGGGCACAGUACCCCCAGCUGGAGGCUGUGCUGAUGGGCACUCGCCGGACGGACCCCUACUCCCGUAGCCUCUGCCCCUUCAGCCCCACAGACCCAGGCUGGCCCUCGUUCAUGCGCAUCAAUCCACUGCUGGACUGGACCUACAGAAACAUCUGGGACUUUCUGCGUCAGCUCUUCAUCCCGUACUGCAUCCUGUAUGACCAAGGGUACACGUCACUGGGGAGCCGCGAGAACACAGUGAGGAACCCAGCCCUCAAGUGCCUGAGCCCAGGAGGACAGCCCAGCUACCGCCCAGCCUACCUACUGGAGAAUGAAAACGAGGAACGCAAUUCCCGGAUGUGAUGUACCUCCCUCCCCCCACCACCUAGAAGAAGGAGAGGGCUGUCCUUGGGUGCAGCCUGACAAUAAACCGUGCCUCUCACUGUG